AUGAAUAAAACCAUCGCUACCGGUUUGACUACGCCACAAGAGGCUCCACAACUCGCGGAGCACGUUUUGGAUCUGUUUUCGCUAAAGGGUAAAGUCGCUGCUGUCUCAGGUGCAUCUUCUGGUAUUGGGUACGAAGUUGCCAUUGCAUUUGCACAAGCAGGUGCAGAUGUGGCCAUGUGGUACAAUUCUAACCCUCAUAUCACGGAAAUCGUUGACGAUUUGUCCAAAAAAUACGGUGUCAAGAUAAAAGCCUACCAAUGCGCCGUCACGGAUUCCAAACAGGUUUCGCACACGAUCGACCAGAUCAAGAAGGAUUUCAACGGUAAAAUCGACAUCUUGGUCGGCAAUGCCGGUGUUGCUUGGGACAAGGGCCCUGUUGUGGACCUUGCCGAGGAGGACGAGGAUCUGUGUGACAAAGAAUGGAAAAAAGUGAUCGAUGUCGACCUGAACGGUAUAUACAGACUGUCAAAGGCCAUUGGCCCCGUUUUCAGGGACCAAGGUCAUGGCUCUUUUGUCAUUACAGCGUCCAUGUCGGGCCACAUUGUGAACGUCCCACAGAUGCAAGCCGCGUACAAUGCGGCCAAAGCAGGUGUAUUGCAUCUGUGCAAGUCUCUCGCCGUCGAAUGGGCAGGUUACGCUCGUGUGAACACGGUUUCUCCCGGCUACAUCGCCACUGACAUUACAAAUUUCGCAGACGAAGAACUCAAGAACAAAUGGCACUCGCUCACUCCGCUUGGACGUGAAGCUCUUCCAAAAGAACUUGUCGGUGCUUACUUGUACUUGGCUUCCGAUGCGUCCACUUACGCUACCGGUACCGACAUUAUGAUCGAUGGUGGUUACUCCUGCAUUUAA